CGUCCACCGCGCGGCAAACUCAGAUUUCAGAGUUAUCCCGCCAGUUAUCUUACCCGCUCUCCCUCCCAGUCCUCAACGCAAAUCACACUCUUUCAUUCGUCUUCCAAGGAGUUAGUCAAAUCUCAAAGUUCCCCACUUCAUUUCCUUUGAUUCUUUCACUUAAUUAUUGUGAAAACCUUUUUUACUUCUGGUACAUCUCAUCUAUGUGCUUGCCGACGAGGAUGCGUUUGGUUGUUUCCGAUUUGGCUGUUUUCUUCUAUUUUGGAAACACUUUUCAUCGUUGAAUAAACGUUUUGCACCGGCAGCUGGGAAGCAUCACAACACUCUGCGAUUCUUUGAAAAUAAAGGAGUUGCCAUGGAUACAGUUUAUUACCAUCGCCUAACGGGUGCCUUUCAGCCGGUUGGGACUUCAAGCACCAGCCAGACAAAUUCCACUGUCGAAUGCUAUGGAAAUGUCGCCAAAAACGACCCCACAUUCCCCAUGAGUCUACACCGAUCCGGUGCAUUCGUCACCCACCAGGCCAGCUCAUCGUCAUCGCCGAGUUGCCCGGGAAGCUUGAGCGUGGAGGCGAUGGUGAACAAAGCCGGUUGCUUUGGGCCGUCAAGGGAAGAUAGCAAGCUCUACCCGAUGACUCUCCAGCAUUACGGCGAGUGCAUCCCCACGACUACGGCUCGCAUCAUCACCUCAGACGGAGUCUCGGAACCCCCGACGCUUUCGUCGUAUAGAGACGAAUCAGCUGCAGAUAGCCCGCCAUCGCGACUGAGCAGCCGCAGCGUUCAGACGGAAGACGUUGCCGAUGACGAAACGACAAAAGAUGAUAAGGAGAAGAAAGAGAUCGAUGACGAUAAACCAGACCCAUCGCAGAAGCCGCCAUUUUCUUACGUCGCGCUCAUUGCCAUGGCAAUCAAAGAUUCACCCGAGCGGAAAUUGACCCUGAGUCAAAUAUAUCAGUACAUCAUCAAUAAGUUUUCCUAUUACGAGAAGAACAAAAAGGGCUGGCAGAAUUCGAUCCGACAUAACCUCAGCCUCAACGAAUGCUUCUUGAAGAUAGCACGAGAAGGAGGAGGUGGCGAGAAGAAGGGGAAUUACUGGACACUCGAUCCCGCCUACGAUGACAUGUUCGAAAAAGGAAACUACCGACGCCGACGUCGCCUCCGUCGACCGCACCGUCCUAUCGCGAUCAUCGAUCGCUCUUACAUGUCGACCGACGGCGGCUUUCCGUCCUAUCCGCGGUGCAUCCAGUACGGCAGUAGCUGGGGCAUGUGCCCCCCUACGCCAUCCGCCGUCCCGACCACCCAUCAAUUCCAGCCGCAAUACCCCAGCGGUCCUUGCCAGCUGAGCCCCUCACCCACACCGUCACCCAGGGGUCUCAUGCCGUCGUCACUGACCUCGCAGUACUCUCCGAGUUCGUAUACCCAGUUUACGCCCUGUACGCUCUCGACUUCGCCCAACUCCGGGUAUCUUUCGUCGGUGGGGUUGUCGCAGAACUCGUCAAUCUCCAGCUCAAGUGCCGGCUAUGAGGAAGGCGAGCUCGGGAUGGUAGCCGUUGGCAGCGGGUGUGGUACGUGGCAUGUCUAAUACUAGCAGGAUAAAACCUCAGAAGUUAAAUAGUCCCAACUCUUUAUGAUGUUACGUAACGUAAACUUGAAGUUGAUCGGGAAUUUUAGAUGUUGAAAUUAAACACUAAAAGUAAUUUCCCUUAUCCUUUUGAGCUAAAAGAAAAAGGAAGAAAUUGAAACGCAAUGGAAAUGAGUUGGCAGAUCUAGAACACAGGGCCUGUCGUAACUUUCUUAAACACAAAAAUAAUGAAGAUAAAAAUGGCAGAACUUUUAAAUCUUAUAUAUAGAAAAUUGAUAAACCGAGUAACAAACUAUUCCAUGAUAAAUAAUGUGAUUUAUUUGAUUCUAAAUGCAUGUUCAUAAUUAUAUUUUAAUCAAGCAGACAUUGUUUGAAUCUUUUAAUGUUAAACUUUUGUUUGCGCAUUUGUUGAAAAACAAGAAACAGGAGAAUAGAUCCACGAAUAGCCGAAAGAAGGUGUUUGUUGGAAUGCAUAUAAUUGAAAUGCUUUAUAACCUAAAAUGACAGUUUGGCUUCUAAAAUAGUCUUAUAUUAUGAAACAUAUCCAACACAAAAAAUGAAAAAGAUCAGAAAACACAAGCAUCAUUCUUCUGUUCGUAAUCAAACCUUUGUCACUUAUUUCUAAGUACAGUCGCAGAUAUUUGUCAUGUAUGAGUUUAGUUGUCCAACGACAGUCUCUUGACUUUCUCCAUCAAGUUGGAUUAGAUGUAUUAUUUCAUGCUUUCCUUUUUAACAUUUUCAUUUAUCUUGCGUUUUAAGGUCUAGUUUUCUCUUUCUGAUGCAUAUGCAUGUCUCGUUUCAGUAAUUACGUUCCUCCCCUUUUAAUAUUUCUUGCGCAAUAUUUUUCUUCCUAUAUUUUUUCGUUUCUCUAUCCAUCAUGUACUCCUUCGCCGUCAUCUUUUAUUUCGUCACCUUCUUUAUUCGUUUAUCAUCUAUUUUCUCCAUGUUUUAUAGGCAUCUUUCGUUUAUCAUGUUUAUGCCUUUCGAUCAUCAUCAUGUUGCUACUACUUUUUUUGACAACCUGCAAGUGUUAAUUUCUAAGUUUAGUUAUCAAGUAUUUUGCCAGCAUAUUCAACAGUUGGUUUGUCA